AUGGCCGUGGGUUUGGGAAAUGUUUGGCGUUUUCCAUAUCUUUGUUUUAAAAAUGGUGGAAGUGCUUUUCUCAUUCCCUACACAUUUAUGAUGAUAUUUAUUGGUGCUCCCGUUUUCUAUCUUGAAUUAUCAUUGGGACAAUUUACUAGUGCCGGACCUAUAAGUGUUUGGAGAGUGAAUCCAUUAUUGAAAGGUGAUCAUGCGAGAGUUGGAUUCGCUUCAAUUACCACCAACAUGAUGUUGGGUUUAUAUUACAAUGUUCUCAUAGCCUAUUGCUUUUAUUAUCUUGUCUCAUCAUUUACAAUCCUUGUCCCGUGGGCAACAUGUGGAAACUGGUGGAAUACGCCUCUUUGUACUGAUCAACAAGCAUUGGCUAAUAUGACAUUAUAUAACGUUUCUAAAUCAAAAGAUAUGACUAGUUCUCCAAGUGAAGAAUAUUUUUAUCGACGAGUGUUACAAAUAUCCAGUGGUAUCGAAUUUACGGAGGGAAUUGUCCCUCAUUUAGCUAUAGCACUUGCAGCUGCAUGGUUUAUUUGUUUUAUUAGUCUCUCAAAAGGCGUUCAAACACUUGGAAAAAUUGCCUAUUUCACGGCAUUAUUUCCAUACGUAAUGUUAACAGUGCUUAUUAUACGUGGAGCUACUCUAUCUGGUGCAAAUGAAGGCAUCAAAUUUUAUUUGGGCACAUUGAAAUUGAGCGUUUUAAAAAAUCCAAAUGUAUGUUUUGUAAUAAAGCUACUUCACUUCUCAUUGACAAAUGAUUUUAAACCUCAAGGUCAUAUGGCUACUAAAAUGGGUGUCAGUGUUGCAGAUGUUGCAAAAGGAGGUCCUGGUUUGGCAUUUGUUGUUUUUCCAGAAGGUUUGUCUAUGAUGCCUGUAGCUCCUUUAUGGUGUAUAUUGUUCUUCCUUAUGAUGUGUACACUCGGCUUCGGCUCCGAAUUUUCUAUCAUGGAAACGGUAAUGUCAUGUAUUAUUGAUGAAUUUAAACCGUACCUCAAUACUCCAAGAAAAGUGAUCAUAUUUCGUUUCGUUACAUGUACCGUAUUUUGUCUAUUAGGUUUAAGUAUGGUGACAAAAGGAGGAUUAUACUUUCUAAAUAUCAUUGAUCAAUAUUUGGGCGGAUUUCCAUGGUUAUGUAUUGGUGUUGUAGAAUUGCUGAUAAUUGCGUGGAUCUAUGGAGUAGAUAAUUUUUGCGAUGAUAUUGCUAUUAUGUUAGGUGAAGAAAGGCGGCCAGGAAAAUUUUGGAAAAUUUGUUGGAAAUGGUUGACAAUACUAUUUUCAUCAUUGUUUUAUCAACAAGUCACUUUAGAUGAAUAUAAAUAUCCGGAAUGGGCUCAUGCACUUGGUUGGCUUGUCGUAAUUAUUUGUCUGUUUCCCAUACCAUUUUUUUUUAUACUUGAAAUAUGUCGACGUGGUACAUGGACUAUAAUAAAAGAGAGAAGUCAACCUCAUAAAAAAUGGGGUCCAUUAAAACCUGAACAUCGUGAAUUAUCCAGUCGAUAUUCGUCAACAAAUUUGGCUCAAUCUAAUGGUGAUUUAUCAAAGAAAACAAUUAGUUUUCAAACAAUAUCGACAAUGUUUGAUGAAACAAAUGUUGGAUUCUAUAUGGAUGAUGAUACAAAAGGAGAAACUAAUAAAAAUCUAUUUCUUAAACGUCUUUCGGAAGUUUCAUCAACACGUUUUUGA